AUGCAGGAAGACAGCUACAACCAGAUCCCCUUCCACGACCUACCAGACCACGACCUGGCAGCACUGUAUUCUCCGCCACAACCACCCCUGUCCAUAGGCCACAUCGCCUCCACGGCCCUCGGCGUCUCCCCACUCUUGCCCGACAGAGUCCUCCUCCAAAUCGGCACACAUUUGUCCUCUGCCAAACGUUCCCUCUCCUACUUAUCACUCACUUGCAAAGCCGCACACGUCCUCCUCGUCCCGAUUCUGUACAACAGCCUCACACUCAAUGCCACCAACUCCGGAUGGAUCACCCACGGCCUCCUCCCAGUACCAGUUCGCUGGCUCGAAGGCGAUGUGCCCCAAGAGGAGGAUCCGUUGAAAGAUGACCCGAAGGCCCUUCGGGUACACCACCACCACCGGCCCCAUCUUCCUCACAAGCUCAGCCGUCUCCUGGGCCGUGAAGACGACACCCCGCUGUUCGCCAACCCCGACCCGUUUGCCGGCCACAUGCCCGACUCGAACGGGCACAUUCCUCAGGAUACGCGCUUCUCGCAAGCGGGAUUCUCUUGCGCCCUCGAGAAUCAUGGACGAGAGUACACGACAACCUGGCUGCGGCACAAGCUGGCGUGUCUUCGAUGGUGCACGCGUCUCGAGGUGCAAGAUCUCCCCGACUCGGACGCACUGCACGCCCUCGAAGUCCUCUCCACUGCCCUCUUACCCAAGACGAGGCGAAAGCGAUCAAAGGCAACCAAAGUCCUCUUCCCACGUCUCAAGUAUGUUUCCGUUUCCGCGCAGGCUUUGAGUGGUCUAAGCCAGCGGCUAGAAGGCCUGCCCUCGUUGUCUCCGCUGUGCGCUGUGGAGCACCUCUGUCUCAUCCAACCGAACUCGGGGCGCACCCUCCUCCAAUGGUGGUCACUCAAUGAGCGUCUAGAUAGUGAGUGUAUUCCCAUUUUGAAGCUGAAAGUAGGUCACGAGUACUACAUGGAUGUCGUGUCGUGGAUGGCCGAGGCCGCCGAUUCCCUACGGGCACUCUACGACCUCGUCCACGACAUGCCGAUCCAGUCGGUGACGUAUCACAAUGCGGCGUAUCUCCCUGCACUCUUCACUUCGCCCCUGAGUCGUGUUUUCUUCUGUCCCGAUGGAUUUCCUCCUUUCGGAGAUUGGUACGGGCACAUCCAAGAGGUCUACGCCGCAGCGGUCGAUCGCCUCGAGUGGGGACGCGACGUUGGGGCUAUCGACCUCAUCGAAGGGAACAACUGGAGUGAGGAGGACUUGGCAAGGAUGGAAGCCGAGUGGGGGGAUUCAAUCCUGUCCAAGGUACACUGGGUGGGCAAAGAAGACGCCGAGCCGUGUGUGGUUUGUGGGCUCAAGAAAGUGCUUGGUGAGGGCUGGCCACGGACGGCGCUUACACCAGGGCACACUACCAAGACGCACUUCUUCCGGGGCACCCGGAUGUCAAUCAAGCCCGAGUACGAGGGCGGCAUGGCGCUGAUAAGGCAUGAUACCGGUCCGAUGGGCGGUGACGACCUGCGACACCGGCUGAGGGCAAAACUGUCAAAAAUGUGGGAAAAUGUCGAAAAUCGGUCCCGCGCUUGA